ACACGCUAAUUAUUAUUUACAUCGCGGACAGCGGAGCUUUUUGAUAAGCAAAUGUGUUACUCACUCGCACAUGGGGUGUUUGUCCAGACGGUCUGCCGGAGGGUCCUGCAGGCGCGGGGGUGGUGUUGGCUGGCCACUAAUAAUAGUCAAAUAUGGGAGCGCAUUAUUUGUUUGGUGUCGAAUAUGGUGUUUUGCAAUUUAAGGUCGUGUAUUUGGCCACUCGAGAACAGUUCUCAUCCGGAGGUCGAGCAGCGAGUAUCGCUAGUCCAGUGUAGCAAUGGAAAUAUCUCAGCCCAGCAUCAGCAUCUUCUACAUCAGCAAAGUUCUGGCUCUGGCUCCAUAUGCCACGCUCCGGAACUCCAAGGGGCAAGUCGAAAUCGCUCGCAGCUGGAUAUUCACGGUUUACUCGGCCACCUUGACAGUGGUAAUGGUUUUUCUAACCUAUCGAGGACUUUUGUUUGAUGCAAACUCCGAAACACCCGUGCGUGCAUCUUUUAGAAUGAAGUCGGCAACGUCGAAGGUGGUGACGGCACUGGACGUUUCUGUGGUGGUCAUGGCCAUUGUAUCGGGUGUGUACUGUGGCCUUUUUAGCCUUAACGACACACUUGAGCUAAAUUCUCGACUCAGCAGGAUUGACAACACUUUAAAUGCCUACAACAACUUCCGAAGGGAUCGAUGGCGAGCCCUGGCAAUGGCAACGGUGUCCUUGGUGGCCAUAUCCCUUCUGGUCGGCCUAGAUGUGGGAACCUGGAUGCGCAUAGCCCAGGAUAUGAAUAUAGCGCAUUCUGAUACGGAGCUCAACGUGCACUGGUACAUUCCGUUUUACGGUCUCUACUUUAUCCUCACGGGUCUGCAAGUAAACUUUGCAAACACCGCCUAUGGACUUGGAAGGCGGUUUGGACGCCUAAAUAGGAUGCUUUCCAGCAGCUUUCUUGGUGAGAACAAUGCCUCCAGUGCCGUGAAGCCGCACAAGGUUAGCACUGUGAAGAACGUCAGCGUGAACCGUCCCGCGAUGCCACCGGCUUUACACGCCAGCCUCACAAAGCUAAAUAGCGAGACUCUGCCCAGCGAAUCCGCAGGUGACAAGGCAGCCGCCCGCAGCCUAAUCCUGAACGUGGAGUUACUCAAAUUGGGUUAUUUUCCAGCCAAGAACAAGGGGCUGCUCCUUAAGUCGUUGGCCGACAGUCACGAGUCGCUCGGCAAAUGUGUCCAUCUCUUGUCAAACUCCUUUGGCGUUGCGGUGCUCUUCAUCAUGGUGUCUUGCCUACUUCACUUGGUUGCCACCGCCUACUUCCUGUUCCUGGAAUUGCUCAGCAAGCGGGACAACGGCUACCUGUGGGUGCAGAUGCUCUGGAUAUGCUUUCAUUUCCUGCGAUUGCUCAUGGUGGUAGAGCCGUGUCACCUGGCUGCCCGCGAGUCGCGCAAAACUAUUCAGAUAGUCUGCGAGAUCGAGCGAAAGGUACACGAGCCCAUACUUGCGGAAGCGGUGAAGAAGUUCUGGCAGCAGUUACUUGUGGUCGAUGCCGACUUCUCCGCCUGUGGAUUAUGUCGCGUCAACCGCACGAUCUUGACAUCGUUCGCCUCGGCCAUAGCCACCUAUCUCGUGAUACUCAUACAGUUUCAAAGGACCAACGGCUAAUACAAGGAGGCAAAUAUUAU